UGUAUGCGACUGACAACAACCAGGCUGCAUUCCAGAAAUAGAGAUAUUUCUCUCACAGCAUUUCUUGAUGUCCUCACUAUGCUAUGUAAUCUUUCUGUUCUAGUUUUAGGGAUACAUAUUCUGAUACAUAAACAAGAUUCAAUGCAUUUAUUUUUUCACAUUUUAAUCAAUGUCUGAAAACAUUCAAUCAUAGUAGCUGAUCAAAUGAAUAAAUGGAAGAGCAUUGGGUGUUACGGCACUAGCCUGUUUCGGUCACAGGGGUCUACUCAAACAAGUGGGUUGUCUUUAAUACAUUAUGUUUCUAACAGGAAAUUCAGCCAGAAAGGAGACAAUGUAUUAGACGAAGUAUGGACUAUUGGUAGGGAUGAAGAGGGUCCUAGAACAUUAGUUGAGCUUCUUUCGUGGGGAAGAGGAAGCUCAGGGCAGCUUGGUGGUGGUGUUGAAGAGACCCGGCUCUAUCCCUGUAGGGUUCUCUCCAUGGAUAUGCCUUCAAAUUUUAGGCUUGCUCCCAUGCAAGGCCUCCUCGUUCCAGAAAAUACAAGGGACAGUAGCAAUAAAACACUAUUACCACCUCCACCACCACCAUUAUCAUCACCUUCGUCAUCAUCAACAUCAUUAAGAACAAGCUCUGAUGUUGUAGAAUUGGGUAUCUCAUGUGGAUUGUUCCACUCUGCACUGCUUGUGGAUGGUAAACUAUAUGUUUGGGGAAAGGGAGAUGGAGGUAGGCUUGGCCUAGGUACAGAGGACACCAAGUAUCGGCCUACACUCAAUCCAAAUUUAGAGCGCAUUCGAAGUGUUGCACUCGGUGGUCUUCAUUCUACGGCACUUACUGACAAGGGAGAGCUCUUCACUUGGGGAUAUGGAGGUUUUGGAGCACUUGGUCACUCUGUCCAUCACAGGGAGCUUUUACCCAAACAGGUUAGAAACCAGUGGGAUGGGAGGAUUCUGUAUCUUGCAACCAGCGGAGUUCAUACAGCUGCCAUUACCGAGUCAGGUGAGCUUUAUACAUGGGGAAGAGAUGAAGGAGAGGGUAGAUUGGGCCUUGGCAGUGAAGGUGGCCCUGAUGAAGGUGUACUUGCAACCCCCACAAAAGUGAAAGCAUUGCCUGUUCCUAUAUCUGCUAUCAGCUGUGGUGGAUUUUUCACCUUGGCCUUGACUUCUUCAGGAGAGCUGUGGAGCUGGGGUGGGAACUCAAACUAUGAAUUAGGGAGAGGUAAUAAAGGCAAUGAUUGGAGACCGAGACCUAUACGUAGUCUCGAAGGUGUCCGCAUUAUUCAAAUAGCAAGUGGAGGCUAUCACUCUUUGGCUCUCACAGAUGAUGGUAAAGUCUUUACUUGGGGGCAUGGUGGACAUGGUGAAUUGGGUCAUGGUUCUGUGGAAUACGGACGGGUUCCACAAGUAGUUCAAGCUUUAGCUGAUGAGCGUGUUGUUUAUGUUGCGUGUGGAAGUUUAUCGUCUGCUGCUGUCACAGAUUCAGGGAAGCUAUAUAUGUGGGGUAAAGGCAGAGACAAUCAAUUAGGUGUUCCUGGUCUGCCGGAUACACAGCUUUUACCUGUCUUAGUAAACUUUUUGGUAGAGGAUGAGAAACUUGGCCCUGCUCAUGUUCUCGCAGUUUCUGCAGGAGCUUCACAUGCAAUGUGCCUUAUCUCAAGGUCUGGAAUCUAAUGUUUGACAUCACAGAAGUGUUUGCUAUAUCAAAUACUGGCAGAAUUUGCAUCUUAUUGCUAGACAGUAUGCUUAAUUGUACACCUAAAAUUCUAUUGCAAAAAUGUCUUUUGUUCUUACAGCUCUUAUUUGCAUUAUGCUUAAUUCUUUUGCACAUGCGUUGCAAAUUGGAUUAAUUAAGGUAUUUGUAAUGUGAAUUCCAGUACAUCAUCAGUAUCGGAAUUCAAAUUUUGUUAAUUAGUUGAAUAAAACAAAAUUUUCUUUUUCA